AUCUAACUUUUGGUCCGCAUGGUGGAACAUCAUCUCUGAAGGACGGUGUGAGAUGAUAAGCUCGAACUUAACAUUUGUGAAGUCAGUGAGUGAGACGUCCGACUUUGACUGUAAGAAUUAAUGUGCCUGAGAGUCUGACACAAGUCUGUUCAAUGGCUACCUCGGGCUCCACCUUUUCUGCCUCCAUCACCGCCGUUGUGCCUGAGGGUUUCCAUUAUGAAACCAAGUACAUUGUGCUCAACUACCUGGGAAUGCUGCCUGUUAGCAGAUCGCACACACUAACUUCAGGUCAAGGAGAAGCCCAGGAUGAGAGAGAGAGGACUAGAAUGAUAAAAGGGCAGAUAGAGGAAGAGCUGCGGCAACUGGAAGAUGAAAUCGCUGCCUCCUUUUCCACUACAGGCUUCGACCGCCACUCAUCGCUGGUGUUCAGUCCGGCCAAUCCCGAGACCUCAGUUGAGGACUGCCUCGCUCUGAUGGGAGACCGAGUGGCCAGGGAGCUUGGCACAUCCCUGGAAACGGCUGUACACACACUUCUCACAGGGCCUCUGGACUACCAAAGAUUUAGAGACACAACACUGGCUCUGUCAACACACACACAGGGAGGCUGGAGCAAGGUGCUAGUGCCUUUGGUUCUGCUCCAGGCUUUACAAAGCGAGGGCCAGUCCGUGACAACUCUUCUGCAUCUUGGGGUGCGCUUGUUAGAGGAGGAGGAAGCUGACUACAUCAUCCAGCAAGGGGGAUGGGGUGAAAUAUUCAGGCUUGAGUCAGAAGAGGAGCGAGGUGUGACCAUUGCUGAAGACAGCAACGACAUUUACAUCCUCUCAGGGGAGCAGCAUCCCGACCAGCUCAGUCCCCCUUCGUCGCUACUCUGCACUGGAGACAACAGCAGUGAGCAGAGCUCCUGGCAGACCGAAAGCUUACCUGUGUCUCUGGCUGGCCACGAGUCUUGGGCACAGGUCGGUGCAAUGGACCCUGAAGACAUCAAGAGCCUGGACAGCAAUGAGGGCAUGGCUCUGGCUGAGGAGCGCAGCGAAAACAACUCCUCAAACUCGGACAUUGUCCACGUAGAGCGCGAGGAGGCCGAGCUGCUGGAGGAAGGCGGUGAAGUCGGAGCGAUAGAGGAGAGCAUGAUGAGUGUUUUAGGCACAGAGAGUGAGCUGGCUGAGCUCAGGGCGGAAUUUAGGGACCAGACUCCACCUGUUCCAGAGUCAGCCGAGGCAGACUCCACAGCCCCGGCCUCCCUGAUUUCAUUAGAGGAGCCAGUUGUAAUAGAGACGCCUGCGAGCUUGUCAGCAGAACCUUCCCUCAUCUCCUCAGAACCAGAGCUGCUUGCUCCGGCCUCAGAAGCUGUAUCCCCCCUUCCUACUGAGCCAGAACCCGCAGCACCUUUACCUGUUCCUGCUGUAGAACCAGAGCCUGAGCCAGAAGCAGCUGCUGCCACUUCACCAGUGCCUGCUGAUGUGGCACCCCCAUCUCUAGCCAAGGAAACCCCCACGGUUUUACCAGCAGGACCCGAAGCUACAUCAGAACCAGCUCCUGAACCAGAACGGGAGCCGGAGCCUGUAGCAGUGCCUCACCAGCCAGAGGAGCCCCAGCCAGAACCAGAGACUGUGGAAGAGCCGGCUCUGGCCCCGCUGGCUGCACCCUUGGUCUCAGAAGCUGCAGAUGCCCCUGUAGAAGCCCCAGCAGAGGAGCCAGUGCAGCCAGAGCCAGCAUCAGAGCUCCCAGUGCUGCUUUAUGGAGGCGCUGCGCUGGUGGUCCUCACUGCUGUAAUGGCAUAUGGUGUCCUAAGCUACAGAAGGAAGUAGAAUAAACAAGGAUCUUUCUCAGGGGAGGAGAACGCAAAUCACUAGAUGUUAAGGUAGAAAUAAAUGUAUUAGUAGGCACGUGGUGGGACUCUCCUUACAAAUUGCGUUGGAUUUAUCAAAUGAGGCAUUUUUUUUUCUUAAUCUGGUACGCUUUUGAAAGUUUCACCUUAUCCUCAUCCACAAUCUUACUGCAGGGAGUCCUCAUUGCUUCACUCCGCCAGGUACAACCACAGAGAGAAGAAAACAAUGCACUCCACUGUAUUCCUUAUGUUCUUACUUACUUGGAACUUUAUGUUUAAAUUCUUAAUUCUCCUGCCCUAUAUCUCGUAGAUUCGAAAGUGUGUGAUUUUUAACCUUACUCUGCUAGUUUCAGUUUCUGUUGUGUCUGUGGCUGAUUAGAUUGUGUGCCAUUUAAAUCAGUGUUAUUUUCAUGGAAAAUUCACUGACGCUCUCAAGGCUUAAAAAAAAAAAAAGAAAAAAGAAAGAAAAAAAAACAACCUGUCAAAGGCCACAUUUACUGUGGC